AUGACGUACGCCAUGUACGCCAUGGCCAAAAAAGAUCCACAGAAGCUACUUGACCCAGAUGUACAUCGGAAUCUCACAGAGCGAACCUUCACGGCUUUCUUCCAGCACUUCGUCAGCAGCAACGUCUCGCUCGACACGGGACGCUGGGCCUACCAGCCCAUAAACGCGAGCCUACCGAGCGAUCUGCUGUGCGAUUUCACCGACUCCGGCCUCAAUGCGUCGUACGAGCGGGCACUACACCCGAACUCAAGCACUCCACGGCAGGCUGUCGUGCAGGUAUCCACGCCCGUCGACCUGCUGGAAAUGAACACGGUCGCUGUGGCUCUUAGCGUCGCCAUCCUGCCCUAG